GUAGCCUAUGAUGGAAGAAAAACGUUUAUUUCCCACAGCCGAGAGCCAAGAAGAUUACCCGCGCGAGGAAGGUGAGAGAGAGAAGGCAGGAGAGGGAAAAGAAGACGCUACUUCUGACUAGUAGAAGUAGGCGCCUUUGCGUCUGAAACAUUAGGGAAAAAUAAUACCGCACUGGCUGCUGAAUCAUAGACUAACAUGUCAGCAUAUGAAUGAAACCAGAACUAUGAAAGCGCGUGGGCAUUUGAGUUUUACCUUUCAUAGAGAGACUAAUAGGUGACUGACUGAUUGUAUAGGAUUACAAUAGUCGCACCCAGACUAUUAUAGUUCUUAGGCAGAAAAGGGGUACCGUCCGAAAAUCAUGGAGUAUAGAGUAGAAAUGAAAAUGAGCUAGCGUUAAAAGAUCAAAGAAGACUGCAAAAAAAGAAAUUGCCCGGAGCAUCCGGAACCUGUUAAAUAAUGGAUUUUAGCUCUAUUCGCAAGUUGAUCACCAGAUGGUGUGCUGGAGAGGAGAACUGGGUGGACACCAGGACGGUGUACAUCGGAAACAAGGAGCCCCCACCGGGAGCGGAAGCCUACAUUCCCCAGAGGUACCCCGACAACCGCAUCAUCUCCUCCAAGUAUACCUUCUGGAAUUUUGUUCCGAAGAAUUUGUUUGAGCAGUUUAGAAGAAUUGCCAAUUUCUACUUCCUCAUCAUAUUUCUUGUCCAGUUGAUAAUCGACACUCCCACCAGUCCCAUCACCAGCGGACUACCUCUCUUCUUUGUCAUCACUGUCACGGCCAUCAAACAGGGCUAUGAGGACUGGCUCAGGCACAAAGCAGACAAUGCUAUUAACCAGUGUCCUGUGCACGAGGUGCAGCAUGGGAAGGUGAUCAGGAAACAGAGUCGUAAGCUGAGGGUGGGUGAUGUGGUGCUGAUCAAGGAAGAUGAGACGUUCCCCUGUGACCUCAUCCUUCUCUCCACCAGUAGGGAGGACGGGACCUGUUUUGUCACUACAGCCAGUCUGGACGGGGAGUCCAGUCACAAGACCUACUAUGCUGUGCAGGACACUAAGGCCUUCAUCACAGAGGAGGAUUUCGAUACUCUACAGGCUUCUAUUGAAUGUGAACAACCACAACCAGACCUCUACAAAUUCGUGGGACGAAUCAAUAUUUAUUCGGACAGAAACGAGCCCAUCGCGAGGCCUUUAGGAUCUGAGAACCUACUUCUCAGAGGGGCGACACUGAAAAACACACAACACAUAUAUGCUGUUGCUAUCUACACUGGCAUGGAGACCAAGAUGGCGCUCAACUACCAGUCUAAGUCCCAGAAACGCUCUGCAGUGGAGAAGUCAAUGAAUGCGUAUCUGAUAGUGUACCUGUGCAUCCUGAUCAGCAAGGCUCUGAUCAACACAGUGCUGAAGUAUGUGUGGCAGGCUGACCCGGACAAAGACGAGCCCUUCUACAACCAGAAGACUGACACAGACAGGCAACGCCAUAUAUUGAUCCGGGCGUUCACAGACUUCCUGGCCUUCAUGGUGUUGUUUAAUUACAUCAUCCCCGUGUCCAUGUACGUUACCGUGGAGAUGCAGAAGUUCCUGGGGUCCUACUUCAUCAUGUGGGAUGAUGAGAUGUUUGACGAGGAACUGGGAGAGAGGGCUCAGGUUAACACAUCUGAUCUCAAUGAAGAACUGGGACAGGUGGAGUACGUGUUUACAGACAAGACAGGCACCCUGACAGAGAACAACAUGGAGUUUAUAGAGUGCUGUGUGGACGGCUAUGUUUACGUCCCUGAUGCCAUCUGUAAUGGACAGGUCAUGCCAGGGGCAACCAGCAUGGACAUGAUCGACUCCUCACCUGGACCAGGGGGCAAGGAGUCCGAGGAGUUGUUCUUCCGGGCGUUGUGUCUGUGCCACACGGUACAGGUGAAGGAGGAGGAGACAGUGGAUGGCAUCAAGAUGGGGAUCCACCAGAACAAGGCCACCUCCUUCUACAUAUCAUCCUCUCCUGACGAGGUGGCACUGGUGGAGGGCAUGAAGAGGCUUGGCUUCACCUAUCUGCGGCUGAAGGACAGUCACAUGGAGAUUCUUAAUAGGGAGGAUGAGGUCGAGAGGUUUGAGCUGCUGGAGGUAUUGACCUUUGACUCUGUGAGAAGGAGAAUGAGUGUUAUCGUCAGGUCCACCACAGGGGAGUACUACCUGUUCUGUAAAGGGGCCGACUCCUCCAUCUUCCCCAGGGUGAUCUCUGGCAAGGUGGAGCAGGUCAAAGCCAGAGUGGAGCACAACGCUGUGGAGGGCCUACGGACACUGUGCGUGGCGUACAGAAAGUUGAGCGUGGCUCAGUAUGAGGAGACGUGUCACCUGCUGAACAGCGCCAAGCUGGCCCUGCAGGACCGAGACAGGAAGCUGGCCGAGGCCUAUGACCUCAUUGAGAAGGACUUCGUACUGCUGGGUGCCACCGCCGUGGAGGACAGGCUCCAGGACAAGGCAGCAGACACCAUCGAGUCUCUCCAGAAGGCUGGGAUGAAGGUGUGGGUGCUGACCGGAGACAAGAUGGAGACGGCGGCGGCUACGUGCUACGCUAGCAAGCUGUUCCGCCGCUCCACACAGAUACUGGAACUGACCACCAAACGCACCGAGGAACAGAGUCUACAUGACGUUCUGUUUGACCUGAGUAAAACUGUACUCAGGCAGCAUGGUAGCAUGACCAGAGACACCUUCUCAGGUCUGUCUGCUGACUGUGUGGACUACGGUCUGAUCAUCGACGGGGCCACCCUGUCUGCGGUGCUGAAGCCCAGUCAGGAGGACUCCAGUCAGGGGAACUACAAGGAGAUCUUCCUGGAGAUCUGUAGGAACUGCAGCGCUGUGCUCUGCUGCCGCAUGGCGCCCCUCCAGAAAGCACAGAUUGUGAAGCUGAUCAAAUCGUCUCCAGAACACCCCAUCACGCUAGCCAUUGGAGAUGGGGCUAAUGAUGUUAGCAUGAUCCUGGAGGCUCACGUGGGGAUCGGCAUCAUGGGUAAAGAGGGUCGCCAGGCAGCGCGGAACAGCGACUACGCCAUCCCGAAGUUCAAACACCUGAAGAAGAUGCUGCUGGUUCACGGACACUACUACUACAUCCGCAUCUCAGAGCUUGUCCAGUACUUCUUCUACAAAAAUGUCGCCUUCAUCUUCCCUCAGUUCCUCUACCAGUUCUUCUGUGGCUUCUCCCAACAGCCGCUGUAUGACACAGCCUAUCUGACACUGUACAAUAUCAGCUUUACCUCUCUACCCAUCCUGCUCUUCAGCCUCAUCGAGCAGCACAUCAACAUGGACAUCCUCAAGAAAGACCCCUCCCUCUACAGGGACAUAGCUAAGAACUCUCUCCUGCGUUGGCCCAUUUUCAUCUACUGGACCUUCCUGGGGGUGUUCGACGCCGUCGUCUUCUUCUUUGGUUCUUACUUCCUGUUCAACAACAGCACCUUCACCAGCAACGGACAGCUAAUGACAACCAACACACAGAUGAUGUUUGGUAACUGGACGUUUGGGACUCUGGUCUUCACAGUGCUGGUCUUCACAGUCACCUUAAAGCUCGCCCUGGACACACACUACUGGACGUGGAUCAACCACUUUGUCAUCUGGGGCUCGCUGCUUUUCUUUGUCAUCUUCUCUCUGCUAUGGGGAGGCAUCAUUUGGCCCUUCCUGAACUACCAGAGGAUGUACUAUGUGUUUAUUCAGAUGUUGUCCAGUGGUCCGGCCUGGCUCAGCAUCAUCCUGCUCAUCGUCAUCAGUUUGCUGCCUGAUGUGGUCAAGAAGGUUGUCUGCAGGGCCCUGUGGCCCACCACCACAGAACGCAUCCAGAAUGCAGACAAGCUGUAUAACGGCCAGCUAUCGGAGUUCACCCCGCUGGCAUCUCUCCACGCGCCCACGCGCAGGAGGGCCGACCACCAGAACCCCAUUCCUAGAAGGUCUGAACCCUUCACCAAAAAACUCAUGUUCACCCACUGGAGGGGCUGGCCCGACUACUGCACUUUCACCCCACUCCUCCAAUUCGCCGGCAACUCCCGUCACUCUGGGGCUGGCUACGCCCACAAUGGGGCAGGGCCUGAGACCUCGGUGUAGUCUAGAGUGGAGUUUAGUCUGAUUUAGACUGGAAGUCUAGACCAAGAUUUCAGUGUUGAGCAAUUGACCACUGGAACAAUCUGUCCUCUAGACAAUAGAUACCUAAUCUAGACGCGUACAGUUACCAAUGCCACUGUGAAAAAGCAAACAAACACCAAAUACACACAGAAAGACGAUCCACAUGAUCCACAGUCCUACGGCUGUGUUGUGUUAGCACAAGGAGCUGAGUGAACUGAACAGACUUGGCUCCAGGCAAGCAGAGCCUGUGGAUUGGUGGAAAGGGCCUUGGCUCCACCCAUUAAUGUCUACUGUGGGUCUGAACCCUCAGACCCACCCUGCAGUGUGUGUGUGUGUGUGUCACUCCCCCGUAUCUGUCUGUCAACUGUCUGUCAGUGAUGAUGUCAUUUAAAGUGUUUGUCAUGAAUGAUGUCACUCCCCCGUAUCUCCCUGCCGACUGUCAACUGUCUGUCAGUGAUGAUGUCAUUUAAAGUGUUUGUCAUGAAUGAUGUCACUCCCCCGUAUCUCCCUGCCGACUGUCAACUGUCUGUCAGUGAUGAUGUCAUUUAAAGUGUUUGUCAUGAAGGAUGUCACUCCCCCAUAUCUCCCUGCCGACUGUCAACUGUCUGUCAGUGAUGAUGUCAUUUGAAGCGUCAUAAAGCAGGGCUGCCCAGUAUGAAUGGAAGAUGUUCAGAGGUAUUGCAUGUGCUUUAACUGACCACACUUUCCUGUUUUUCUUUUGUCUUGUCUUUUCCUCUCUUCCUCUCUCUUUCUGUCCUGCUUUCUAUAGAACAAACUGGUGUUGCCUCUGUGCAUAUCUCUUAUCCAGGAACACGCCAUAAGACACUAGUCUUUCCCAGUUCAGUUGUAAGUGGCUAGGCCGUGAUAGUGGUUUAUCUCUACUGGACUAGAGACAGUUCUGUGUGUGUGUGUGUGUGUGUGUGUGUGUGUGUGUGUGUGUGUGUGUGUGUGUGUGUGUGUGUGUGUGUGUGUGUGUGUGUGUGUGUGUGUGUGUGUGUGUGUGUGUGUGUGUGUGUAGUAUCCCGUGUCACAGACUGUCCUUGUGUCUACUGUGGAGUGAUGUGAUUAUGCCUCCAUUCCCCCCUGUAACCGUCCCGUUUCUUGACAUGAAAGCUGAGGCAUCCUGCCUCAGGUAGUGCUAAGGACCCACAGUGGGAAACCAGUAUGCAUGGGAAUCCUUUACCGCCUUAACAUCUACAGUGUUUCCUUUGAAAUACACAGUAGUCUGGAACCAAAGGCUCAGAAAAUACUUUUUCAAUGGUUUGCCUUGCUGGUUAUUGCCUUACACUGAGACUGGGUGGGACAGAGGAAGAGAAAUUCUGCCUUACACCACACCAGGAUUGGUGGACAGUAUUAGAUAGGAGAGAGAACCUACUUUGUUUCUGGGCUUUAACGUUGUCCAUGUAGAUAUCUAACAUCUCUCACACUCAGAUCUGAAGCCUUAAAGAGCAAUGGAUCUCUGUUACAGAAAUACAACAUGUAGAAUGUAGACAUUAUGCUCAGCUGCUUUGCUCUGUCCCUUGGCAUAAAUAAUAUAGAACAUACCCAUAGAAGUCUCACACGAUGCGUGAGAGCCUCAUGAAGGUGUUAUAAGAUUGUUAUAAUUCUAUCACAAGAGUCUGUCAGGGGUCUUAACAUCUCAUCUGUCAAUAUGUGCUCUCUCCCUCCCUCAGAUCUUCUCUGAUGCUUUUAUGUUUAAUUUUCUUUCUUCAAAUGUUUUUUUUUUACCUCUACCAUUUCUCCUCUUGUUCCUUUUGAAGUGAUGCUCAUGUGGAUCUGUUCUCUCGAGCCUCACUACAUCUCCUCCUCCUCACUGCUGCCUCCUCUCAUCCUCCACUCCUCCUCUCAUCCAUUCAUCCAUUCAUUCCUUCAUCCGGUCAUGCAUCCCUCCAUCCGUCUCCUAAGAACACAGUCUGUGUGGUGGGUGUAAGGAGAGAGAAAACGAGAAAGGGAGAUGGAGGGGGGACUGUACCAAAACCAAGGUUUUUCUAGACACAUUUAGAUUUCUUGUGGUCCUGUGGUGCAUUGUGGGAUCUGUUCAAACCAAGAGGAACAAAAAUAUAUUGAUGUCCCAUAUAUAGAAAAGGAUGUUGUAAUACACAGUGUGUGCGUGUGUGCGUGUGUGCGUGUGUGCGCGUGUGCGUGUGUGUGUGUGCAGAUAUCUGUUUCAUUGAAAGCAGCAAUGAUAUUUAAGAUGGUCGUCUGUUAUUAGGUGGUAUUAUGAAUCUUCACUGAAAUGUAAAGACACUAAACAUUACACCACAGUCAGAACUAUAACACUGGACAUUACACCACAGUCAGAACUAUAACACUGGACAUUACACCACAGUCAGACCUAUAACACUGGACAUUGCACCACAGUCAGAACUAUAACACUGGACAUUACACCACAGUCAGACCUAUAACACUGGACAUUACACCACAGUCAGAACUAUAACACUGGACAUUACACCACAGUCAGACCUAUAACACUGGACAUUACACCACAGUCAGAACUAUAACACUGGACAUUACACCACAGUCAGAACUAUAACACUGGACAUUACACCACAGUCAGACCUAUAACACUGGACAUUGCACCACAGUCAGAACUAUAACACUGGACAUUACACCACAGUCAGACCUAUAACACUGGACAUUACACCACAGUCAGAACUAUAACACUGGACAUUACACCACAGUCAGACCUAUAACACUGGACAUUACACCACAGUCAGACCUAUAACACUGGACAUUACACCACAGUCAGAACUAUAACACUGGACAUUACACCACGGUCAGAACUAUAACAUUGGACAUUACACCACAGUCAGACCUAUAACACUGGACAUUACACCACAGUCAGAACUAUAACACUGGACAUUACACCACA